GAUUUUUAGAGCACCUCAGACGACAUCCCAAGUGGAUGAUUAACUUCACCAUGGCAGAACUCACAGUGGAGAACGGUAACUGUAUGGACUGGCAAAAGCGGUGCCUUGCGUUGGAGUCCCAGCUCUUCAAAUUCCGCUUGCAGGCAAGCAAGAUCCGAGAGCUGCUGGCUGAGAAGAUGCAGGAAUUGGAACAGAGAGUGAUCGAAGCAGAGCAAAGAGCUGAGGAUGCAGAGAAACAGGUCAGAGUUAUGGAAGAGAAGAUAAAACUAGCCAGCGUGAAGACCAGUGAAUCAGACAGCACUCUGCACAGGAAAUACCAAGAGUUGAUGGGCACAGUGCAAGGAAAAGAAGAUCUGAUCAACAGAUUGGAGACACAGCUAGCAAAACAGAAACAGUUGAGGACUGAGGAAGCUAAAAUUGUUCAAGAGAAAGCUGCCAAGAUCAAAGAGUGGGUAACAUUUAAGCUGAGAGAGCUUGAACUAGAAAAUUACCACCUGAAAAACUGUAAUCGGAGGCUGACGGAGCAAAUUGAAGCCCUUCAGGACACGUUGCAAGAUAUGACCAGCAUUCCUCCCUUGGAAUCCCUUUGGAGCCAUCAUUCUCUGAAGCCCAGAGCAUCACAGGCCUCUUUUGCUGAGAAGAUAGACCAGAAAUCUGUGCUCCUUGCACCUGGUUUCAGACAGGUGUGUCAGACAGGACCUACCAAACGUGUCCUUUCUACAGCAAACAUAGUUCUUGCCAAUGACACCUUUGCCAAGGAUGGGGAGGAUAAAUCUCUGUUUUCCCAGAGUACGCUGAAGCUCAUGUCUGAUCCAUCAAACUGGAAUCUCUCCACAGAGAAAGACGUAUUCCCAGCCAUAAGUUCUGAACAUAGGUUAGGGUGCUCUGAUCCCACAUCACUGGACCCACCAGCUGAGGCCACAAGAAUCCUUGAUGCUUUGACUUUCCAGUCAUCUUUGGAAGGAAACCAUAGAGCUGUGAGCACCUUGCAACAAGUGGCUUUGGAUGGCACAUGCUUCUCUGAUGAUCUGAGUGCCAGGUUCCGCUCCCACCGGCUGGACUCCUCUUCCUCAGGAGAAAUAAUGAGCAUGCUGGAGGGCUGUCUCCAAACUGCUGAGCCGUCCAUCGUUGUGUCAACAUCAGCUGUUACAGCACGUUCCUUCUGUCCAGGGAGGGAAUGCGGCCUUGGCAGUAGUAUGACCUUUCCGAAAAUACGAACUCCCAAUACACCAAGAGACAGUAUCCAACUAGCCAAGAGACAUUACAGCCAACCACAGCCAGGGGCUAAUUCUUUCCAUCGCAUAACGAGCUUAGAGGCUAGCACCUUCCAGCCCAUAACAGACUCUCUAGUCUGCCCUGGGCAAGUGAAGGAGACAGACAUUGAUGAUGAUGGGGUACUGGAGAAGAUGGAGACGGAACGUGACCUGGUGAGGGAAGAAGCUGGAGCGUGUGAGGAAAUCAACUGCUUAUCUACAGUGCAAAGAGAAGCUGUGAGUUCUGAGGCUGGCGUACUCAACCCAGGAGGUAAACCUCCCACACCACCGCUGCACAGAUUACCAUCAUGGGAGAGUCGAAUCUAUGCUGUGGCUAAGUCUGGCAUGAGGUUUUCUGAAGUGGCCACAGUGAAUGAUACUUCCAGCUGCUUUUACAAUUUGUCGCGUGCAACUUCUGGGCCGUUUACCUGUCUCAUCUACAGAAAUGUCACAGUGCCAGUCUACACUACGCUGAAGGGGAAAGCCACACAGAUCAGCAACGUGCCUUUCUUAGAUGAGUCUUCAGGCUCUGAUGAUGACUGUGGCUCCCAUGCCAGCUUCAGGAAUUCUACUGCUGGAUCCGAGAACAGGAAAGCCAGCAUGCCAGGCAGCCCUCGUGCAGUGAAGAGAGGUGUGUCUAUGUCCUCACUGAGUUCCGAGAGUGACUAUGCCAUCCCUCCUGAUGCCUACUCCUUGGAUGGUGACUAUUCAGAGCCAGAACAUAAGCUACAGCGAACAUCUUCCUAUUCUACUGAUGGUGGAAUUUGCACUGAGCCCAUGGAGAAGUCGGGUUACUUGCUGAAAAUGGGCAGCCAGGUGAAGAUGUGGAAGAGACGAUGGUUUGUUCUGAGAAACAGGCAAAUCAUGUACUACAAGUCUCCGAGCGACGUUAUCCGCAAACCACAAGGGCAGAUGGAGCUGAAUUCCUCGUGCCAAAUUGUCAGAGGUGAAGGGUCGCAGACAUUCCAGCUCAUAACAGAAAAGAGAACCUAUUUCCUGACAGCAGACUCUCCCAACAUCCUGGAGGAAUGGAUUCAUGUCCUACAGAGUAUCCUGAGGGUGCAAGUGACCAGUCCUGUUGGUGUUCCUCAUAGUGAUGCUAAACCUACUGUGAAAGGCUGGCUCACCAAGGUCAAGCAUGGCCACUCUAAGCUGGUCUGGUGUGCACUGAUUGGAAAAACUUUCUACUACUAUCGAAAUCAUGAAGAUAAGUGUCCCCUGGGGCACCUGCCUAUGCGUGAGUCCAAAGUGGAAGAAGUAGACCGUUCCUGUGACUCUGAUGAAGAUUAUGAAGCCACUGGUGGAGGUCUUCUCUCAUCUCACUGUACGUUGGUGAUUCACCCGCAGGACCAGAGUCCCACAUACUUACUCAUUCGCACCAAACAGGAGAAGAACACCUGGCUGUACCAUCUGACCGUAGCGGCUGGUAGCAGUAAUGCCACAGUGGGCACGUCAUAUGAACAACUCAUUGGAAAACUAUUGGAUGCAGAGGGAGACCCCAAUUCUCCUCUGUGGAAACAUCCUAUGUUGUGCUAUAGUAAAGAUGGGUUGCACACAUCCCUCACCACUCUGCCGUCGGAAGCUCUACAGACUGAAGCUCUGAAACUUUUUAAGUCCUGUCAGCUGUUCAUCAAUGUCCCCGUGGAGGCACCUUCUAUUGAUUACCACGUGUCACUUGCCCAGACAGCACUGCAGGUCUGCUUGACACAUACUGAGCUGCAGAAUGAAAUUUACUGUCAGCUUGUUAAACAGACCAGCUGCCGGCAGCCUCAGAACCACUCAGUCAUUCAGUGCUGGCAACUCUUGGCUCUGUGUGCUCCUCUAUUUCUGCCUCAACAUCACUUCCUCUGGUACAUCAAGCAGCACUUCCAGCGACAUGCAGACCCCAGGAGUGAAAUAGGCAAGUAUGCCAUCUACUGCCAGAGAUCAGUAGACCGCACUGUGCAGGCUGGUGAGCGGGAAGCCAAGCCCUCCCGGAUGGAGAUUGUGUCCAUCCUGCUGAGAAAUCCCUACCACCACUCGCUCCCCUUUAGCAUCCCAGUGCACUUCAUGAAUGGUACCUACCAGGUUGUAGGUUUUGAUGGUUCCUCAACAGUUGAUGAAUUCAUCCAGCAACUGAACCAGGAGACAGGAAUGAGGAAGCCAUCCCACAUGGGAUUUUCUCUGUUCACAGAUGAUCCUUCUGGCAGGAAUUUGGAACAUUGUCUGCAGGGCAACAUGAAGAUCUGUGAUGUCAUUUCUAAAUGGGAACAAGCCUUAAAAGAAUUGCAUCCCGGGAAAUAUGAAGGUGGCACAAGAAUUGUGAAGUUGACCUAUAAAAACAGGCUAUAUUUUCGGAGCCAGGCCAAAGGUGAGACAGACCGGGAGCGGUUGCUACUGGCCUUUCAAGUCAGCAAUGAAAUAGCCAAUGGAAGAUUUCCUGUUAAUAAGGAAUUAGCUCUGGAAAUGGUGGCUCUGAUGGCUCAGGUGGAAUAUGGGGAUUUGGAUCGACCAGGAUCUUCGAGUCCUGGAGGAACAUCACAAUCAAAAAUGCAGCAUCUUCUCCACCAGGUCUUAGAUAAAUUCUACCCCAAACGCUACAAGCAAAACAUUACUCCCGAACAGCUCAGGCAACUGGCUGACAGGCUGGCAACAAAGUGGAUGGUUCUACAGGGAUGCUCUCCACCAGAAUGCAUUCGAAUUUAUUUGACAGUGGCCCGGAAAUGGCCUCUCUUUGGAGCCAAAGUAUUUACUGCAAAGCCUGUUUUGCCUUCCUCAUUAGAAGACUGUCCAGUCUGGAUAGCUGUGAAUGAAGAUGGUAUCAGCAUACUGGAUUAUAACACUAUGCACUUGAAGGUUUCUUAUUCAUACUCCUCUGUGCUGACCUUUGGAGGCUGUCGAGAUGACUUCAUGAUUGUAGUCAGUCAAAUGAAGGAAAGGAGUUCUGGAAAAAACAGCACUGAAAAACUCCUUUUCACAAUGGCAAUUCCAAAGAUUGUUGAAGCAACACUUCUUAUUGCCAGCUAUAUUAACUACCGUUCGACACCUUCGCUCCUGCCUUCUACCCAGCCCUCCCGCAGCAGAACACCUGCUAACAAGCUCUGGGAGACUGAAAGUCGGUGCUUUUUUCCAUCGGUGCCCCGAAGCACUAAGGGGCCCACCCUGCUCUGAGGGCUCAUUCCAAAUGACUUGAGGGAUUUGAUUGAUUGUUUGUUUUUUGGUUUUCGGUUGGUUUUGUGGUUUGGUUUUUUUUUUUUUUUUGCACUGCUCUGUACUGAAUUACAGACUGCUGCUGUGAUUUUGCUGGUUACACACCUUACUUUAAUGCAGGCUCUGAUUCUUUUUCCGUAAGAAUAGACAAAGUUCCUUAGUGGAUGUAGAGGCAGUGUCCCUUCUGUUUUUUUAAAAAGUCUUGCUUUUGGGGACUGUGCAGGAGUUUUGUUUCCAUGCCACACUCCAUCCAAAAUACCAUGCCUCAGGUCACUUGCCUGCACAGUGCUCCAGUCACAUUACAUCUGCUCUCCUUCCUUGCACCUAUUCUUCUUCCAUCUCCUGAUCAUACUGCUGUGCUUACAAGCACAAAGGUUUUCUUUGAUCCCUCCCAUUUUCAGCUUUGCACCUGCCUUUAGAUCACUGCGCACCCUGUGUCACACACCCUGUGUCUGGAAUCACAGUCCAGCUCUUAAAACUCCUAGUGAGCUCUUUUCCUCAUCAUAGCCCCUUUCAGUUAUUACAAUUAUUUCCAAUAAUCUUCUGUUUGCAUCAAUCCCUGACACGCUCACUUUUUACCUGGGUUAGACUGCAACCUCUGCAUAGCAGAUUUGAGUGGCAAUAGGCUUGAAUCUGACUCAGUGGGCUGAACACAGACCUAUUAAAAGUAAAACCAGGUGGUAAUGGAUGGUGUGGCAUGUGGCACGAACCCUGUACAAAGAUGCACCCUAUUGAAUACUGCCUGUAUUAGGAGCUGCGUAUCACUGCACUGUAAACUAGAUAUACCAUGGAAAGGCUAUUACCAGAGUGUAAAGAUUAACUUGACAUAGUCUGAUCAGGUAGUUUAGACAUAACUUUGGUUCUAUACUCUGGUUGUGAAUAGCCAUCACACUAAAGUUUUUUUACCAUGUUUAAAUUCAAUUCUGCCACUCCCAGAACAACUACUAAGAUAGUCUUUUUGCAAAGACCAUAAUCAUUUCUAUGCAACUGCUUAACACAACCAAGAUGACAAUUUAAUUUUCCCUAGAGCUAUAACGACUACUCCCUGAAACUGAUGCCAAAACCAAAAGACAGAAACUUUCCAAGUCCUUGCUCCAGGCAUGAAAGGAAGAAGACAGUUUAGAAGAAAGAGGAACUAAACUGACAAGACUAAUUCUGAUGCAAGUCAAGGGUAAUUUCAGAUCUGAAAUACGGAGUACAGAAUAAGAGUUCAGUGGUACUGAAACGUCUUUGCAUGUUGAGGACUCAGAACGGCUGGGACUGGAACACUGUCAGAUGAUGCCCUGUCUCCUACAGGAUGGGUAUGUUUCGGGAGCCGAUGCUGUUCUACAAAGAGAGAAACAUUAUAUCUCUGCUGCAGGACUGAAGGUGUUGCAUGCUCCACCAUCAGACAAGCACUUUCAAAGACUCUUUUUGUUAAUCACUGUCGUAGAUGUCUCGGGAUGUGUUUGAAACUGCACACAAUCUCAGACAAAGGAAGACCAGGCAAGCAAAUUUUGUACUUUUUCUGUCUUUCAGCAACUGGAACAGAUCUUCCCAAACCAGCUCUGCCAUUCUGACUUGACAGAAGGUGAUCCUUUCAAACUCCUGCUUCCUUCGUGCUCCCACAGCAAGGAGGAGGUAGUCAGCAAAUGUGUACUCAAGUAUUCUUCUUCAGACUUUCCUAAAGAAUGGGGGGUUUUGAAUCUGUUUCAAAGGGACUUUGUUAUGGUUGAGAAGGUUGAUGGAUUUUAAACAAUAUUUAAAAAAAAAAAACAAACAAAUAGCAGGUUGUCUUGAAAGAAUCUAAAUCUGCCCGGCUUGAGUUCAGCUAGUCUCAUAAACAUUCUAAAAAAGCUAAGGAAGGAUAACUGCACUUUCAAAAGUACCAUCUGCAACUUCAUAAUAAUUACGCAUUCAUGGGCAACUUUCCCAAAUUCAAACAGUGUGAAUCCAACCAUUAGAAAGAAUCCAGUAAUAGCAAACCAAAGCUAUUCACAAAUGAACAAACCAACCGUACCAGUGUUUUUACUCCCUGGUACCUGCCACCAACCUUGAAAUAUCCAACUAAUGCACACAGUGGAGCUGAUACUUCAAGAAGUUUUUGUCUCACUUAUGAUUGCUGCAAAGCCACAAAUUAAAAAAGGACAGGAUGGGACAUACAAGAUUGUAUGAAGAGAGAUCUGAUUGGCACAUACUGUAAUGUACCCACUUGUUAUGAAUUUAAGGACCAUCCCUUGAAGCUACAGAAAAGGGUGGAAGCUUUCUGAGCCAAAAACAAUUUUGAGAAGGUAUUUAGUCUCUCUUUUUUCCCUUAGAUACUUUUAAGUGACUAUAUAUACUGAUAGAGUGGUCAGUAGUACGUAUUUCACUGCUCUCUCACAUACCUGGUGAUCUUAGUAUAAAUACAUCAGUUUGAAUACAGAGAGCAUUAUUCCUCCUCACUCAAUCACCUGUGCCUAACUCUUCCUCCCGUACCUGAAGGUCUGUGUCCCACCAGUAACUGAGCUGCUUCAGAAUAAGCUGAGCUGUCAUCAGUGCUGGGGAUGCUCAAGGCAUAAAAGUCUGCAGCUCAGAGGCUGUACUUCCCUCACAGCACUGACACUCGUGUCCUGAGAGACUUGGACCAGGGCAAACAGGAAGCACAGAUGUUUGAAUAAGCAAGAGCUGCCCCAAAGCUCAUUAUUUUCUGCUAUAACUGCACUUUAAAUUGAGAAGCAUGGCAUAUAGAACUUUUUAUUCAUCAAUACUUGAGUAUUUCAGGGACAACCCCACUCUGAUGGAUGCACAUAUACCUCCUAUUUAUAGCUUACCUGACUUCAUCCAACCAACCAAACCUGUGUAGAUAUCUAUUUUGUAUGAAUCUUUGGUAGAGAAAACAAUUUUUAUUUUAAUCAAUGCUUUUGACAAUGAUUAUUGCUGCAGCAUAGAAUGAGAUGACAGGAGCCUUUGUUUACCCAACUGCUGUGUGUAUGUAAAAGGCUGUCUGGGAAAUACUGUGAGAUUUCUGCUUGUUCUUAAUAAAAUGCAGUUGUGAUUGAUUACACUG